CGACUAGCGAUUUUACUUGAAGGCCCCGCCUUUAGACUCGUGUAAUUUAAUAUUUUAGUUGAUUUUCGCGAUGACUCUGAUAUAAACCUGAAUUUAGAUUUAUGAAGCUGGAUACUGUUGGAAUCAUGGGUACAGUGAAUAUUUUGUUGUUCAUCGCGAUAGUUUCGCACGCUGCCGCGUUAUUAACAUCACCACCAAAGAUAGUGAAGCAACCAACUCAAGAAGAGCAGUUGUUCCAAGUGGCACAACCUGGUGAAGUAGAUAAACCGUUCAUCAUAGAAUGUGAGGCUGAAGGAGAACCAGCACCCAAGUACAGAUGGAUCAAAAACGGUAAACCAUUCGAGUAUACGAGUUACGACAAUCGUAUAUCGCAGCAGCCCGGUCGUGGCACGCUGGUGGUGAGCAAGCCCCGCGACGAGGAUCUCGGUCAGUACCAGUGCUUCGCCGAGAACGAAUGGGGCACAGCCACCUCCAACUCGGUUUUCGUGAGGAAAGCUGAACUGAACUCGUUCAAGGAGACCGACGGCCCGCAGCAGACGGUCGAAGCGGAGGAAGGCCAGCCGUUCAAGCUCACCUGCUCACCACCGGAUGGCCAUCCUAGUCCUAAAGUGUACUGGAUGCUGCAAGGCGAACAAGGCCAAUUGAAAACAAUAAACAACUCUCGCAUGACGCUCGACCCGGAGGGCAACCUCUGGUUCUCGAACGUGACCAGGUUCGACGCGAGCGAGGACUACGCGUACACUUGUGCGGCAAAAUCGAUAUUCAGAAACGAAUACAAGCUUGGGAACAAAGUGUACUUGCAAGUGAAACAGACAGGCUCGUCGCCGAUGCAGAACAAACACGAACCCGUCCAUCAGUACACCACCAGGAGGGUGGAGAAGGGUCUGAAGGGGAAGCGAGUGGAGCUCUACUGUAUUUACGGUGGAACGCCGCUACCGCAAAUCGUUUGGAAGAAGAACGGGCGGACGAUCCUGUCAUCUUCCGGUAUCACGCAAGACAACUACGGCAAGACCCUCGUGAUCAAGUACCCGGGGUACGAGGACGAGGGCACCUACACCUGCGAGGCCAGCAAUGGAGUCGGCACCCCCAAGACAUACUCCAUACAGCUCAAUAUCGAAGCGUCUCCGUUCUUCAUCGAAGAGCCGGAGUUCCAGAACCUGGCGGAGGGCGAGACGGCGGAGAUCCGGUGCGUGGCGGGCGGCACGCCCACGCCGCAGAUCUCGUGGGUGUACAACGGGAAGCCGAUCGAGCAAGCCGAGUACAACCCGCGCCGGCUGGUCACCGCCAACAGCAUCACCAUACCCAACCUGAUCAAGAAGGACACCGGCAACUACGGAUGCAACGCCACCAACUCCAUCGGUUACGUCUACAAGGACAUCUACAUCAAUGUCCAAUCGAUCCCUCCUGAAAUAAAAGAGGGACCCGAGAAUCUGACGAAGGUGGACGGCUCGGAGGCAGUGAUGAAGUGCCGCGUGUUCGGAGCACCCAAACCGAUCGUCAGGUGGAUGCGAGACGACGUCGACCUCACCGGCGGCAAAUACAACAUCACCGCGGAGGGCGAUCUGGUGAUCCGCGACGUGUCGUUCACCGACAUGGGCGCCUACCAGUGCUACGCGAAAAACAAGUUCGGGGAGAAGUCCGCGUACGGAUCGCUCACGGUCAAAAAGCGCACCGUGAUCACGGACAAACCGGAGAACUACGAGGUGCCCGCCGGGUCCUCGGCGACGUUCCGGUGCAACGCCAACGCGGACGAGUCGCUGCAGCUGGAGAUCGUGUGGCUGAUCGACAGCCAGCCCAUCGACUUCGACAACCAGCCGCGGUACCGCGUCACCAACGACUACUCGCUGCUCAUCUCCGACACCAGCGAGCUGGACUCCGCCGACUACACGUGCAUCGCGCGCACGCCCGUCGACGAGGCGCGCGCGCAGGCGCGGCUCACCGUGCAAGACAAGCCGAACCAGCCGCAGCUGGACAGCAUCAAAUGCAAAGGACUGAUAGCGACGCUGCAGUGGACGUCGAAGGGCGACAACCGCGCGUCGCUGCUGCGCUGGUCCAUCCAGUACAACACGAGCUUCACCCCGCACACGUGGGACACCGCCAACGACGACGUGCCCGCCAACGUGUUCACCUGGGCCGCGCCCCUCUCGCCCUGGGCUAACUAUACCUUCCGGUCAGUACACUACACUACACUACACUACACACGUGACGACGCGCCCGCCUGGGCCGCGCCCCUCUCGCCAGUGCAAUGGACAGCAUACCGCGUCCGCUUAUUAAAAGUACAUUUUAUUACACGUACCGUAGUGAUAGCAUGGAACAAGAUUGGUCCGUCCCUGCCGUCCGCGCACUCGGACGUGUGCACUACGGAGCCGGACGUGCCGUACAAGAACCCGGACAACGUUGAGGGGAAGGGAACCGAGCCCAAUAACAUGGUCAUCUCCUGGUCGAAAAUGCCACAAAUCGAACACAACGGCCCCGGGUUCUACUACCUGGUGUCGUGGCGGCGCGACAUUCCCGGGCAGCCGUGGGAGGAGGCGCAGCUGCGCGACUGGCAGCAGACGGAGCUGCUCGUGCCUAACACGCCCACCUUCGAGCCCUACCGCAUCAAGGUGGUGGCGGUGAACGCGCUGGGCACGAGCAACGUGACGCCGCUGGAGGUGGCGGGCUGGUCGGGCGAGGACGUGCCGCUGCAGGCGCCCGGCAACCUCACGCUGCUGCAGCUCACCUCCGGCACCUCCGCGCUGCUCAGCUGGCGGCCCGUCCCCCCCAGUAGUCUGCGCGGCCGCUUCAAGGGGUACAAGAUCCACACCUGGACCGACGGCGAGGAGGACCGCCCCAAGGAGAUUCUGGUGAAAGCGGACGCCACGCAGGCUCUGGUGACCAAGUUCAGACCGUUCAAGAAGAACAACGUUCGUAUACUCGCGUACAACGGCCGGUACAACGGGCCCCCGAGCGACGUCCUGAGCUUCGUCACGCCCGAGGGGAAACCGGGCAGCGUCCGGAGUCUGGAAGCGUAUCCGAUAGGUUCCUCCGCGCUGCUGCUCAAGUGGGACAAGCCGAUGGAGGAGAACGGCGUGCUGACCGGCUACAAGAUCCAGUACAGGAAGGUGGUCGGCACCGAGUUCGGGCCGAUGCAGGAGCGGCGCAAGGAGGUGGACCCGAAGCUGGAGCGCGCCAAGCUGGCGGGCCUGGAGCCGGACACCGCGUACCGCGUGUUCGUGCGCGCCAAGACCAAGGCGGGCGAGGGCGAGCAGCGCUACGUGCAGCAGCGCACGCGCGCCGCCGCGCCCGCCGUGCCCGCCGCGCCCGCCUUCAGCGCCCUCGCGCUGCCCGGCGGCGGCGGCACCGCGCACGUGCGCGUGCAGUGGCUGCCCGCGCUGGACGGCCGCGCCGGCACGCACUUCGUGGCCUGGUACCGGCUGCGCGGCGACGCGGCCUGGCUGCGCACCGCCGACGUCACCGAGGACGACUACGUCGUCAUCACCGGCCUGCAGCCCGCGCGCCUCUACGACCUCAAGCUCACCGCGCACGACGGCGAGUACUUCUCCACCAGCGAGGUGCGCGAGGUGGACACCACCAUCGGUGAGUGGCGCGUCGACCCGCCGCGCGCGACGACGGCCCGACGGUCGACCGUGCUGAUGCGGACUCGUUCGAUCGUUCUCAGACGGGCCGGUGAUAAUGCGCGACGACAAGAUGGCGACGGCGGGGUGGUUCAUCGGCGUGAUGCUGGCGCUGGCGUUCCUGCUGCUGGUGCUGGUGCUGGUGUGCGUGGUGCGGCGCAACCGCGGCGGCAAGUACGACGUGCACGACCGCGAGAUGGCGCACGGCCGGCGGGACUACACCGACGGCGGCUUCCACGAGUACACCACGCCGUACGUAUGCACCCGCCCCGGCCAGUACGCGUGCGCGCGCUAGUGCCACAUCAGACCCACCUAAUGUCCUCCAUGAGCUCCCGACUCCGAGGACGAUCGGAAGUAUUUAUGAUCAGUCCUAUUUCAAUAAGUAUAAGGUGUUCAAUACGAUUCCGUAGACGUACGGCGUGCGAAUCGCCCGGCAUUGUACUGUAUGGCAAUUAGUCUAAUUAAUUUUUUGAUAUUGUUUUUUGUAGAUUGGACAACAAAUCCCGACAUUCGAUGAGCAGCGGCACUAAACCUGGACCGGAAAGUGAUACCGAUUCCAUGGCCGAAUACGGUGAAGGUGAAACCGGUAAAUAUGAACCUUCGCUCCUUGCUCCCGAAGCCAAUCGGACUCCGUUCCUUUACGACAAGAACGGUAGUCCGAAAAUUUUUGUUUCUUUGCUGGAAUGCUGCAUAUGUUUUGAGAAAUUUGCGUACUAUUAUUUUAAUUUUUAA